CGCUACGGAGUGACAGAAUACGCAGUUUUAUUAUCAAAUCCUUUUAGAGAACGUCUUUUCCCACUUCGCAAUCUUAUCCAAAGACAACAGUAAUUUCAACCGUACAUUGUGAUUCACAACAUGUGGAAAUCAAACCAAAUACUUUUCAUCAUCGUCAUUUGUUUCCUUCUUAUGCAUAGCUUGCUUUCUCAAGCUAACUAUCAAAGACAUUUUAUUAAACGUGCAGGCGAAUUACAGCGCUCCGGGUCUUCUUCCAGUUUGGAUCAACCUAUAAACUCAGUGAAUGCGAUUCCUAAUCAUGUGAUUGAUAAAAACCAAGUCCAACGUCAUAGACCUGCAUUUGGAACAUCUUCUUGGCCACCUGAACUACCUCGUUCAUUUCAUAAUAAGCCAUUUCAUUUACCAAAAGUAAAGUAUGAAGACCAUAAUUCUGCGACUCCUCCUAAAUCAACGCGAAGCAAGAGUGAAUUAGGCCAAUCAAGUGAAGGAUGGAAGCCCAAACAGCAUUCCCAAAAGCAAAGUCAAAUGAAUCAAUAUGAGCAAAGUAAAGAAUUUCAUUCUGCUGCACAAACAAUGAUGCAAGAUAAUCGAUGGGAAAGGGCUGGAAAACUUGCUCUUAUUGCGGCAGGGUAUGGAGCACUUAAGGCGUACGAUAAAUGUAAGGCUAUAGCUAGCCAUGUUCAUAAUCAAUGUAACGCUGCUUACGGUCAUGUUCGUCAAAGGUUCUCAAGGGGCGCAAGGGAUUAGUAAUCUGAUCAAAUGAUCACAGUAUUGUAAUUUAUGAAG